AUGGCUCCAAUCGAGCGCAUUGCAGAGCAUCUGGAGAAGCCAGAGCUUGACGAUCGGUCAUAUCGCGUGAUUCGACUGCCAAACAAGCUUGAGGCUCUUCUAGUUCAUGAUCCCGACACCGAUAAGGCCAGUGCGGCCGUUAACGUCAACGUGGGCAACUUCUCCGAUGAAGACGAUAUGCCAGGGAUGGCUCAUGCGGUAGAGCAUUUGCUGUUCAUGGGCACCAAAAAGUACCCCAAGGAAAACGCAUACAACCAGUACCUAGCGGCCCACUCUGGUUCAUCCAAUGCAUACACAGCCGCGACGGAAACGAACUAUUUCUUUGAAGUGUCCGCCACGGGCGACUCGAGCCCACCCAAAUCCAGCGGAGAUAGCACCCCUGCCGAGACAAACGGGAAUGGAACUUUGCCGAAUGGAUUAGAGGGCAAGUCGCCUCUUUACGGUGCUUUGGAUCGAUUUGCUCAGUUCUUUGUUUCGCCACUGUUCUUAGAGUCGACCCUAGACCGUGAGCUGCAAGCCGUGGAUUCGGAAAAUAAAAAGAACCUCCAGAGUGACCUGUGGCGGUUGAUGCAACUGAACAAGUCACUUUCAAACCCUCAACAUCCUUACCAUCACUUCUCGACUGGUAACCUGCAGACGCUGAAGGAAGACCCGCAGAAACGCGGUCUGGAAGUCCGCAGUGAAUUCAUUCGUUUCUAUGAGAAGCAUUACUCGGCCAACCGGGCGAAACUGGUUGUCCUCGGACGAGAGUCUCUGGAUACACUAGAGGAGUGGGUGGCCGAGCUUUUCUCCGAUGUCGAGAACAAAAACCUUGCUCAGAACCGGUGGGAUGAUGUGCAACCUUUCACGGAAAAGGACAUGUGCACUCAAGUAUUUGCCAAGCCGGUCAUGGACACCCGAUCUAUGGACAUGUACUUCCCCUUUCUUGACGAGGAGGAUCUCCAUGAUACCCAGCCUAGUCGGUACAUCAGCCAUCUGAUUGGCCACGAGGGUCCAGGCAGUGUGCUCUCUUACCUCAAGAACAAGGGUUGGGCCAACGGUCUCUCUGCUGGUGCCAUGCCUAUCUGCCCCGGAUCAGCAUUCUUCACAGUCUCCGUGCGCCUGACUCCUGAUGGUCUGAAGGAGUACCAGGAAGUUGCCAAGGUGGUCUUUGAGUACAUUGCUAUGAUCAAGCAGCGUGAGCCAGAGCAGUGGAUCUUUGAUGAGAUGAAGAACCUUGCUGAAGUUGACUUCCGAUUCAAGCAGAAGACCCCAGCUAGCCGAUUCACCAGUCGCCUGAGCAGUGUCAUGCAGAAGUCACUGCCUAGCGAGUGGUUGCUGAGCGGAUCCUUGCUGCGACGUUUCGAUCCUGCAUUGAUCAAGAAGGCUUUGGAUUACCUGCGCGUUGACAACUUCCGUCUGAUCAUUGUGUCCCAGGACUUUCCGGGCCAAUGGGACCAGAAGGAGAAGUGGUAUGGUACUGAGUAUAAGGUCGAGAAGAUUCCUCAGGAGUUCCUGGGUGGAAUUCAAAAGGCCCUGAAGUCGACUGAGGCUACUCGCACUUCCAACGUUCACAUGCCCCACCGCAACGAAUUUGUGCCGACGAGACUCUCAGUGGAAAAGAGGGAUGUUGACGAGCCAACCAAGACCCCUAAGCUGAUCCGCCACGAUGACCGCGUACGCCUGUGGUUCAAGAAGGAUGACCGCUUCUGGGUGCCCAAGGCCACUGUUGAGGUGACGCUCCGCAACCCUCUUGUGUGGGCUACGCCUGCCAAUCUUAUCAAGACCAAGCUGUACAGCGAGCUGGUGAGAGAUUCUCUGGACGAGUACUCCUACGACGCUGAGCUCGCUGGGUUGGACUACCAUCUUUCGGCCAACAUCCUGGGAUUGGAUAUUUCCGUGGCCGGUUACAACGACAAGAUGUCUGUGCUGUUGGACAAGGUCCUCAACACCAUGCGCGGGCUGGUGGUCAACCAGGACCGGUUCAACAUCAUCAAGGAGCGCUUGACGCGGGCAUUCCGCAAUGCCGAGUACCAGCAGCCUUACUACCAAGUCGGCGAUUACACUCGGUACCUCCUCUCUGAGCGUGGUUGGGUCAAUGAGCAAUACCUCGAGGAGUUGGAGCAUGUGGAGUGCGAAGAUGUCGUCAAGUUCUUCCCCCAGUUGCUGGAGCAGACCCACAUCGAAGUUCUGGCCCACGGAAACCUCUACAAGGAGGACGCCCUGCGCAUGACGGAUUCCAUUGAGAAGAUCUUGGGGGGCCGCUCUCUUCCCCCGUCGCAGUGGUACCUGCGCCGGAACAUGACGCUACCUCCCGGAACCAACUAUGUCUACCCCCGCACACUCAAGGACCCAGCCAACGUCAACCACUGUAUCGAGUACUUCCUGUAUAUCGGACUGUUCUCUGAUGACAUCCUGCGCUCGAAGCUACAGCUUUUUGCCCAACUGACCGACGAGCCCGCGUUCGACCAGCUCCGCAGCAAGGAACAACUCGGAUACGUGGUAUGGAGCGGUGCCCGCUACAACGCCACCACCCUCGGCUACCGAGUCAUCAUCCAAAGUGAGCGUACAGCACAGUACCUCGAGUCGCGCAUUGAGUCCUUCCUGCGCGAGUUCGGCCCCAUCCUCGAGAAGAUGCCCGAGGAUGAGUUCGAAGGACACAAGCGUAGUGUCAUCAACAAGCGCCUGGAGAAGCUUAAGAACCUGUCUUCUGAGACCAACCGCUACUGGUCACAUGUGGGAUCUGAGUACUUCGAUUUCCUGCAACACGAAACCGAUGCUGCGAACGUGCGCACCCUGAGCAAGGAGGAUCUCAUCGCCUUCUACCGCCAGUACAUCGACCCCUCGUCAAAGACGCGCGCCAAGCUCGCCAUCCACCUGAACGCGCAGGCCGAUGCAUCCAAGCCAUCAGAGAAGCGAACCGGCCUAGUCAGCGCACUGAGCAAGCUGCUCGAUGUAGCCGGGUUCACCGUGGACACCGACCGUCUCGCAACAGCUUUCGAAGAAGUCGAAAUGAACGUGGUAGACAAGAGCCAAGUCAUCUUCGUUAUCAAGACUUUCCUCACAACAGAGAUGAGCCUGUCGCCACAACAGGUCGAGCCCGUCAUCGAGAAGCUGGAGCAAGAUCUCGGCCCCAAAUUGAAGGAACUGGGUCUGGUCUCUAGCACUGAUGAGCAGGGCCAGGCUAAUGGCAAUGCGUCGAAGGCUAUUGUUAUCACCGAUGUGCCUACUUUCAAGGCUAGUCUGCCUGUCAGCACGGGACCUGUUCCUGUGACAGACCUGACGGAGUUUGAGGACUUUGAUGCGAAGCUGUGA